AUGACCCUCAACCCCCAGCGAGGGAGCGUGCCCCCUUCCCAGAGACGGGCCAGCACCCCACUGCCCGCCCUGUACCGGUCCCGCCCAGGGACACUUCGUGCCCGGCCUGUCCAGACUCAGCCCUGCCACCCGCCGCUGGGGCACUCCUCGUCCUGCGAGCCCAAAGGCAGCCUGCCCGAGCCACGGGACAGGUGGUCGUCCGAAUCCUCCGACUCUGACGGCUCGUGGGAAUCCUUGUAUCGAGUGGUGCUGCUGGGUGACCCUGGAGUGGGAAAGACCAGUCUGGUGAAUCUCUUUGCUGGGGUUCAAGAGAAGGACCUGCCAGAACAACAGAGAGAAGACACCUAUGAGCGCACCCUGUCCGUGGACGGCGAGGAGACCACACUGAUGGUGAUCGACACCUGGGAGACCGAGAAGCGGGAAGACAGCUGGUUCCACAACUACUGUAUGGAGGUGGGCAACGCCUACGUCAUCGUCUACUCCAUCACUGACCGGGGGAGCUUUGAGAGCGCUUCGGAGCUGCGGAUCCAGCUGCGCCGGACCAGGCAGGCGGAGAACAUCCCCAUCAUCUUAGUGGGGAACAAGACAGACCUGGUGCGCUGCCGGGAGGUGUCGGUGGAAGAGGGCCGGGCCUGCGCCGUGGUCUUUGACUGCAAGUUCAUCGAGACGUCGGCCACCCUCCAGCACAACGUGACGGAGCUCUUCGAGGGGGUCGUGCGGCAGAUCCGCCUGCGGCGGGACAGUAAGGAGGCCAACGCCAGGCGCAUGUCGCUCUACAAGCGGAAGGAGAGCCUCACCAAGAAGGUGCGCCGCUUCCUCGACCGGCUGGUGGCCCGCAACAACAAGAAGGUGGCCCUGAGGGUCCGCUCCAAGUCCUGCCACGACCUCUCUGUCCUCUGA